AUGUCGGCGGCAACAAAUCAGCCCGUGCAGCAGGGCCAGCAGCGCCCGCGCGCUGGAACGCACUUCAGCUUCCGCAGCGACCGCAGCAACGAGUUGUCUCCUACAAAGAGCAAGCAGAGCAAACACGAACGCAAAGUCAGCGACAGCGAGAAACGACGGACGCACUACGACCCCAGCACCAAAGCGAACCCCAACCAAGCCAUGAAUGAAGCCCAGCCCAUCGCUGCUGCGCUCGAGAAGCCGACUCUUCAGUCCCUACGCUCGUUCCAACACAAAGACACACAAGGCAAUGAGAUUGUUGACCCCGAUCUUUCCAACCCCACACGCUCGCGAUGGGAGCGUCCGCUCGACACCAUCAAGUCUUUCGAAGCAGCCAUCGAUGGCGAGUACCGCCGCCGGGCGCAGACGGUGCGCGGCGACCAGUCCGAGGUGAUGAGCGGCUACAACAGCAGGCGGAGCAGCUACUACGGCGGCGGACCCGACCAGGCCCGCUACUCGCGCGCGAGCUACUACGGCAACCAGGGCCGUGAUAGCUACGACCAAGGCAGCGGCAUGGGUGGUCCUGUUGGUGGACACUCGCAGCGCAUGCGCUAUGGCAACCGCAUGCAGUCGGACCCUGGGUGGAACAACAGGCAGAGCCAAUACAACAACAGCGCCAACAUCAACGGCAACGGUGUAUACCCCAUGCACGGACUACAACAAUCGCGCGACACUGUCAACACGAACGGCUCGAACGGAAGCCACAGCGACGGGCCGUACUCCAAUGAGCCCAGCAGCGACAAUUCUUCGUUUGAGCGCGGCGGACCUGUAAACCGCCCGCAGCCUCUGCCGAACCAGAACGUCGGUGAGCAGUACGGAUUCAAUGGCUUUGGCCAGGCACCGCAGAUGGACACGUACGGGCAAGUGCCGAACGGUGGCCAGUACCCACCUCAGACCAACAACGGGCCUCCCCCACCUCCGAAACACGUCGCACAACCUGCGCCGAUCAAGUUGACCAGCAGUUCGCCGCCUCCCAACAGCGGUAGCCCAAACGUGCUGUCGAAGAACGGUGGCGAUGACAAGAGGAGGAGCUGGUUCAAGAGGCGGUUCAGCAAGGACUAGAUAUCCUUUAGCUGGGACUCUCCCGACGCAGCAAACGGUAUAAUAUGGAAGAAGCAUAUGAGGGUACAGAUCUUGUAGUCAAGUCGACUCUGAGAUUUACAUCCUCGAAAGCUGGUCUUGGGGGGAAAUAUGGAUGGCUGCGCCCAUAUGGAUUGGGUCAUGACGAAAUGAUUGAGAUAUCCUCUUGGGCUUCGCGAUAAGUCAUUCUUAUCCAUCUGAGACUGGACAGACAUCGCUAUGGAGUUUGUGGGGGUUCUCUUUUUUUGCAUUGAGAUUUCCGUUAGAUAUCAGACUGGGAAUUGUCACUCCUUAGGAAGCGGAGCUGGUUUUGAUGUGCUACAGAAGCGUCUCUUUGGGGAGAGCAGUGGUUGUAGUAAUCUUAAUGUGCGACCGGCAUUUUUAUCUCGUCA